AUGAAUGUGUCUCAUUACAGUGUCUUAGGAAUUGAUAGCGAUGCUGAUUCGGAUACCAUUAAGAAAGCGUAUCGUCGGCGACUGCUUGAAACGCAUCCUGAUAAGAAACAGAUUAGCAAUGAAUCUUUGUCUGUCGAUCAAUUGCAAAAAGCAUAUCGUGUGUUGAUAGAUAAAGAAUUGCGGGCUAAGUAUGAUUCAGAACUAUCGGAGGGUUUUAAGAAGCAAGGGUUUUACAUUACAGGCGAAGGGUUGGAUGAAUACUCGCUGGAUCAAUUUGAGUUUCAUGAAAAGGACCGCACAUUCACUAUGAAUUGCCCUAGGUGCACGGUUAAUGAAGGUUUUGAAUUUAACGAAGUUAUGCUGGAAGGGCAUGCCGUCGGGAAACAAGAAGGUGGGAUGCAUGUGGUAGUGCAGUGUAAUUCAUGUUCUUUAUGGAUCAACGUAAACUUUGAUAUAGUUUAUAGUGAGUAG